UUUUCCAAAUACAGAAACGAUUUAGUUUGCGUGCGGAAUUGAGUUCGAGUGAAUGUUGAAUGCGAAUGUGAAUGCGAAAGUGAAUAUCUUGGGCGAAGUGCGUGGGGAAUGGAAUGUGAAACGAAAUAUGAAUCAAAUGAAUCCUAGCUGGCAUAUAACUGUAAUAAAAUCUUAUUAAAUCCAUCUGUAACAAAAGGGAACGCACAAAAUGCCACAAUAAAAGUGAUAAAGCAACAACAAAAAAUAGCAACAUAAAUACAAAAAAAUUUUCUCUCAGCGGGAGAGUUCCCAAAGGCAUUUACAGCUUGGUGUUUUCCAGUAAAUUUAUAUGUGUGUGCAUAUACAAAUAAAAAAAAAAUUUAAAACAAGCAGAUUAUCGGCUUGCCGCGGGUCCAACUAAAAUGCCAAAUACCUAUUUUUAACUCACACAAAGUAAUAUUCGAGAGACGCCAAUACGUUAAAACGGUUGCGGAUACGGCGUAGAAAACGCGUUGAGAAAAAAUAAAAUAUAUUUUUAAGAUUAUCAUACCGGGGGGAAGUGGCUCAGUAGUUAGAAGAAGAAGAAGAAGCGGCGCGAAGUCAGCGUGUGUGCCUUUCCAGUUACAUUUACCAUUUACCAUUCACCGUUUACAUUUACUGAGUUUGCCUGUCUGCCAGUGGCUUCCAGAGCUCGUUAUCUCGCUCGCUCGCCCGCCCUCGCUGUCACUCUCGCUAUUGCUCUGUCCCUCUCCGUGUCCCCUUUCUCGAACUGCCAAUUGCCUAAUGUGGAUUGCAGAUUGUCGCCUGGCGUCCGAGUUCUGAGCAACCAGUGGGAGAGUGGAUGCGGCGACCAUCGCUAUUUUCGCUUCCUUUACGUUCCUCGGACUCUGCGUGUUGUGGAUCGUCACUCAGGGCUUCUCAUCGUCAUCGCCAUUGACAUCGUCAUCGCUAUCGUCAUCGCCAUCGUCAUCAAUUGCGUCCGUUACUGUGGCAUUGACAGCUUCAAUUGCGGUUGUAGUUGGGCCAUUGGGUCGGUAACAUCAUCAAAAUAUCUUCAUUCGAAGAGGAUUAUCGGGCUGACAGGCCCAUGGUGCAGAGAGCAUCCUCCUCAGAUGCUCCCUCAAUUCAGGGUGGCCAACAUCGAGAAUCUCGAUUUGGCCUUGGAUAUACGUCAUACCAAAGCGGAUACAAUAAGCUAUUCACACAGGGUUCUGCCGACUCGAACUACUCACAACCGUCAUCCGAUCUGUCGCUAGACGAGGAAAAGGAAUCGCUUCGGCGAGAAAAGGAACGUCAGGCCUUAAGCCAGUUGGAUAAAGCGAGGAGUAAACCUGUAGCGUUCGCUGUGCGAACCAACGUAGCAUAUGAUGGCACAAUCGACGACGAUUCGCCUGUGCAGGGCGGUGCAGUUUCAUUUGAGAUCCGGGAGUUUUUGCACAUCAAGGAGAAGUAUGACAAUAACUGGUGGAUCGGCAGACUGGUUAAGGAAGGCUGUGAUGUGGGCUUCAUACCCAGCCCCGCUAAGCUAGACAACAUUCGUAUGCAGAAUCAAACAAGACCCUCAAGACUGUACGGCACAAAGGGCUCCUCAAGCGGCAAUCUAGGUGCGGGACAAGCAGGUGCGGAGCCAUCACGAGGUAGCACACCCCCCACACCUGACCCCUAUAGUACAACACCACGCAAGAAACAAGAUUCCAUGGGACCAGGACGUCAUGGCAAGACACCGUUAGCAACGCCGCCCAACAAGGAAAAGCGCAAGCCAUUUUUCAAGAAACAAGAGACAGCCAGCCCAUACGAUGUGGUGCCAUCGAUGCGUCCUGUUGUUUUAGUGGGUCCAAGCCUUAAGGGUUACGAGGUAACCGACAUGAUGCAAAAGGCGCUGUUUGAUUUCCUCAAGCAUCGCUUCGAAGGACGCAUCAUCAUCACGCGCGUCAUGGCCGAUAUAUCGCUAGCGAAACGCUCGAUUAUGAACAAUCCAUCAAAGCGGGCCAUCAUGGAGCGUUCCAGCAGUCGGUCGGAUUGUCUGGGCAAGGUCCAAGAGGAGAUCGAGCGCAUCUUUGAGCUGGCCCGUUCCCUGCAGCUGGUCGUACUCGAUUGUGAUACAAUCAAUCAUCCGUCACAAUUAGCAAAAACUUCAUUAGCGCCAACAAUAGUUUACUUAAAAAUUAGUAGUAGUAAGGUUUUACAGCGUUUAAUCAAAUCACGUGGCAAAUCACAAGCUAAAAACUUAUCCGUACAAAUGGUUGCCGCUGAAAAAUUAGCCCAAUGUCCACCCGAAAUGUUCGAUGUAAUUUUAGACGAGAACCAAUUGGAAGAUGCCUGCGAGCACAUAGCUGAAUACUUGGAGACAUAUUGGAAAGCCACGCAUCCAGAUAUACGCGCUGGGUCCACCGUACCGACCAUUGCCAGGCCGAUACCGUCCCAGGAGGUGUCGGCAUCGCCCUCUGCCGAUCCAGCGCGCUUGGGUCCAACACCACCAGUCGAUGGCGAGGAGUUUGAAGAGCACGAGCCACGAAUGGCGAGUGUCGAACGUGAGGGUAGUCGGGAUCGGGAACGGGAGCGAGAGCGUGGCAGGGAAAGAGAACGGGACAAUGAACGCGACUACUGGGACAGAGAGUUCAACAGAGAUCGCAGUUCGAAAGACAGAGAGCGGGACAUGGAGUGGGAGCGCGAGAGAGCACGCGAAUGGGAAAGAGAGCGAGAAAGGGAUUGGGAUAGAGAGUUCGAUUGGGACCAAGGAGGUGCCUCUUAUCAUCACAGUCGUCGUCAGGUCUCUGGACGGCAUCAGGAGCGCGGCAGCGGGGGAGUCGGAGUCGGCCAUGCCGCUGGCUACGAGCGCGACAGAGAGCGAUACGAGCGACAGGAACGGGAGCGACUCCACGCUAGAGAUCGUGAUCUGAUGCACUACGAUCUGAACAGCGAUGAAAUGCUGGACGAGCGCAAUUUUGAGUAUCCGGCAAUGCGCAGCGGGCCGAGCGGCGCCUCCCACCAUGGCCACCUGUCGCGUGGCGGUCGCCUGCUGGAUGAUACAGACUUUGAGCGCGACGAUCGAUUGUUGGGCAGCUCAAGGUCACGCUAUGGACCCGGACCAUCCACACGCAUCGACGAUCCCCGGGACAUGGCGCGAGCAGCCACUGUGGUCGAUCGCGAUCGCGAUGAAUACAGUCCGCACAGAGGUGGUGGAAGUAGUAGGAGAAUGCUGAAUGCCAUGUAGGAAUCGUGGAUAUAGGGGUGGGAUCAGAUCGAUUCGAAAGCGCCAGGUUUGAUGGAAGCACGUGACAAUAGUUUUGAUCUUGACAUGAUACACAAACCGAAACCCAAACCCAAACCGCUGCUCCGACAGCACUCACAAUCCCACUAUCAGCCUCAAAGUCAAACUCCGGCUCAGCCUCAGAUUCAGCCUCAACUUCAGCAUCCAUCUCAAUCUCUAACUCAGUCGCAUCAGGCACAUCCUUCGCAGCAUUCAUUCCUGGCCAGGCAGCGCAGCGGCGGCCAGUGGCUGUCAUCCCCGUCGUUCUCCCUGUCGCAAGCCUCGAUCGGUCAGCCCAGGCCCAGCGAACACUUUCCGUUGCGACACCAGCCACUGUCCUACCCGCAGGCACGACCACACAGCCAGAGCCAGUAUCAACACCCGCACUCGUACACUUCCAGUCGCACACAGUCCCACACAUCCCUAUCGACGCGCUCCCAACUCUAUCCCAGCGAUACGUUCCAAAGCACCUCAUUUAGUCACCCGCCGUGCAGCGACAGCGACGUCCAUCGAAACCGAAACAGAAACAGACCAAAAAGUACAGCCGCGGAAUAUGAUUGGAGAUCGUCAUCCUUCUCGCAAAUCGAUGCAGUCACCCACGCAAUACGUAAUAAGAUUAUUGUUGAGGAGGACGAAGAGGAUAUACUGACCCCAGAUAGGUUUUAUUGAAGAGAUUUCAGCGAGGCACCAGGCACAAAACAACCGAUAUUUUGAAAGGAAGGGGGCAUUGCACAAUAUGUUUACGUAGUAGAACUUCCCUAAAAAUUUAGUAAGAUCAAUUUUGAAAUGAACCGUAUAUAUACAUAUAUAUGUAUAUGUAUGUAUGUAUAUAUACCGAUAUCCAUUCACACGUAGAGCAUACUUAUUUCAGUGCCAAAACACAUUUGUACAUUUCCAUCGGGAGGCGGGAUACGGGAUACGGGAGAGACCCAUUCGAAUUUCCUAGCGGAAAUCGUCGGGAUGGAAAUACUUACAUAAUUUAUGAGGAAUAGCACAAUGCUAAGUACAGCCUUAUGUGUCUUAAAUACUAUAUGUAGCUAAGUGAGAUGAGAUUUUAUUUAGCAAGCCGUAUAUGUAUAUGUAUAUAUAUGUAUAUGUAUAUGUUAUAUAUAAUUAAGCAUAAGAUUUACACCUAAACAACAUUUGUUGAUGCAUUUCGCCACAUCAAUUUUUGAGGGGAGGGAGGGAAUGUA